GGCUCGGAUAACAUAGAUUCAGAAAUGGUGCAUAUGAAGAAAGAAUGACGUGUCCAUCAAUAUUAUUCCUAUUCCUAAUACAAAAUUAACAAAAUUAAUUACAUUAGUAAUUUUGGGGAAGAACGUACAUGGAAGGACACUAAUCUGAAAAUUCAUCACAAAACUCGCGAUUUGGGGAAAGGUCGAUCUCGAUCAAAUUAUCCUCUUCUACAACCACCUUGUUAGGCCUUCGCUCCCAGUCCAGUUUAAUCUCUAUCAUCAUCUCCUCCCUCUCAUCCCCCUCCCACCCACCGGAAUAUUCGUUUCGCCACUCUCCGAUCUCCGUAAACUCCCCGUCCGACGAAGAACAGUCGGAGUCCGUUUCCGGAUAGCACAACGCGAGGGAAUCGUACCUCUCAAUGGCGGCGCCCAGAUCCAGACCUCUCUUCCCGUGCAGAACGCCGUCGUUUUCCCCGUCGUACUCUUCGCGUAUCGCCUCUACUGCAGAUCUCGCGUUCCGAUCUAGAAUCAAUCCGUCGUGGAUCGGGUUCGGAUCAGGACCCGGACGGUCCGCAUCGGUGCGAGAAUCACAUGAAGACGAUCGUACCAGACCGACCUCGGUUUCGCCGAACCGGGCGGGUCUCCGAGAAGCGAUGAGCCGGAGCAUGGGAAGGAGGAGAGCGAAGGUCAAAACAAGGAGCGGGGAGAAAAAGGAUUCCCAGAAAAGGUGAGGAGAAUACAGAAAGAUGAGAGUAGAGAAGGCAACAAUUGCAGAGAAGAAAGCCAUGGGAAAGGGCACUAAGAGUGGAGGAGGAUGUAAGUAAAGGAGCCAGUGAGGCACCAAAUUAAAAUGAAAUUGACCAACCAGGAUCUCCUCAACGGACAACGCAUCGCCUAGCCGGAACCCUACCCCAUCGGCCAUCCCCGCCGCCGUAGAAAAUCUAUUUAGUGAAGAUCUCUGGCUUUUGCGACUAUGAACCGUAAACUCGCAGGACUAAUCAUUGUUGCCAUCUCUUUACUGUACGUCAAUGGAGUUCUUUCCAAGGCUCGUCGCCCAAUCUCUGAGAUGGAGAUUCGAGAGAAGAAGCAUCAUUGCUACGCCAACAUCGAAAGUGGUUUAUGGGGAGAAAGAUGCAAGUCUUCAAUGGUAGCAAAGGAGAAUUGUGCUCUACAGUGCUUGUCACCAGUUUGUUAUGAGCUUGUUUAUGAGAGUGAUCCACUGGAAGAAGGGGAGAAAGAUAUUGUCAGGAGUCAAGAAUACAAGUAUUGCAUGCACAGGGUAUCUCUUGGAGAGAGUUUAGAUGGCAUAAGAGGUUCAUUCGAGUUCUAGUUUUUGAAGAUUGAUUUCCAGCCCUUCUCAUCCUGGACAUAAAGAUAACAUCACCAUGAUCUCACUUCUCGGGACAUAAAGAUACAUCACCAUGAUCUCACUUCUGAGAUGGCGGGGAGCAACUUGUAAAAUUGAUCUAAAACUUAGGGCUUGUUUGGAUAAUGAUAGACUGCUCUUUUUUAGGGAUUCGACUACUUUGCUGUGAAUUCCCAUCGGUCAAACUUCCAAAUUGAGCUUUUGAAAAACAACUUUGCUCUUUGGCUGUUUUCCACUAGUGUCAAUUUCUGAAACUCCAAGACUGGCAGCGUUUGUUGAUAGAAAAGUUCUUACUCACUCUUCACAAAUUGCUAAUGCUUUUUAACUUCAGAGUUCAAACUUGUGGUAGAAUAUAGAAAUGCCCCAUUAAUGGUGAAAAUGAUAAACCAC